CCACUAAAUGAAGGAAGCCGAAGAAGAUUUGCUGUCUCGGAUUCACAAUGAGAAGAUUUUUUCGUGUUAAAUCGUUCAAAGUGCUGUUGUUGUUGUCUUGGCUGUUUGCCGUGGUGCUUGUCAGGUGUUACGGGGACAGUAUAAAUAACAACAAUGCCAAUGAGAACGCGGCUACAGAGAGGAUAGCUGAGGAAAGCCACCGGCAGGACAGUGCUGACCUGCUCAUCUUCAUCCUGCUGCUCACGCUCACAAUCUUAACUAUAUGGCUGUUCAAACACCGCCGAUUUAGAUUCCUGCAUGAGACUGGACUCGCUAUGAUCUACGGUCUGUUGGUGGGUAUGAUCCUGCGGUUUGGGGUCCAUGUACCCCAAACCAUGAGCAACGUGAUUCCAGGCUGUGCUGUUAACUCCAGUCCAGCAACUAUGCUGGUUAAUGUCAGCGGACGUUUCUUCGAAUACACUUUAAAGGGGGAAGUCAGCCGGGCCAAGGGCCACCAAGUGCAAGAUGAUGAGAUGUUGAGAAAGGUGACCUUUGACCCAGAAGUGUUUUUCAACAUUUUACUGCCUCCCAUUAUCUUCCAUGCUGGGUACAGUCUGAAGAGGAGACAUUUUUUCAGGAAUAUCGGCUCCAUCUUGACAUAUGCUUUCAUGGGAACGGUUAUAUCCUGCUUUAUUAUCGGGCUGAUCAUGUAUGGAUUUGUGUCCUUCAUGAAGGUUGUUGGCCAGCUGAGGGGAGAUUUUUACUUUACUGACUGCCUCUUCUUUGGUGCCAUUGUUUCAGCUACAGACCCAGUCACAGUGCUGGCUAUCUUCCAUGAGCUCAAGGUAGAUGUGGACCUGUAUGCUUUGCUCUUUGGGGAGUGUGUCCUUAAUGAUGCUGUGGCCAUCGUCCUCUCUUCCUCCAUUGUUGCCUAUCAGCCAGCAGGGGACAACAGUCACAACUUUGAGGCCAUGGCCUUGUUGAAAUCUUUUGGUGUCUUUCUGGGUGUCUUCAGUGGAUCUUUUGCUCUUGGAGUGGCCACUGGAGUCAUGACUGCUCUUGUGACCAAGUUCACUAAGUUGAGGGACUUUCCUUUGCUGGAGACGGCUCUUUUUUUUCUGAUGUCAUGGAGCACAUUCCUGUUGGCUGAGGCGUGCGGUUUCACAGGUGUGGUAGCUGUGCUGUUUUGUGGGAUCACUCAAGCUCACUACACUUACAACAACCUCUCCCCUGAGUCUCAGGACAGGACCAAACAGUUGUUUGAGCUGCUGAACGUUCUGGCAGAGAACUUUAUUUUCUCCUACAUGGGUCUGACUCUCUUCUCCUUCCAGUCACACAUCUUUAAUCCUUUGUUCAUUAUCGGAGCAUUUAUUGCUGUGUUUUUGGGCAGGGCAGCCAACAUCUGCCCGCUGUCAUUUCUGCUCAACCUGGGUCGCAAGAAUAAGAUCAGCUCAAACUUUCAGCAUGUCAUGAUGUUUGCAGGUCUGCGUGGGGCCAUGACCUUUGCACUCUCAAUUCGCGACACGGCGACAUAUGCCCGACAGAUGAUGUUUUCAACCACCCUUUUGAUUGUCUUCUUCACCGUGUGGCUCUGUGGAGGUGGCACCAUGCCCAUGCUGUCCUUCAUGAGCAUACCCGUGGGCUCGGAUUCUGAUCAGGAAAACUCUAGUUCAGCUGUGUUGGGCGGGUCACAGCGGAGGAACACCAAACAUGAGAGCGCCUGGCCCUUCAAGAUCUGGUAUAACUUUGACCGAAACUACUUGAAGCCCUUGUUAACCCACAGCGGCCCGCCUCUCACUGCCACGCUGCCUUCGUGUUGUGAACCGUUGGCUCGGUGCCUCACCAGCCCACAGGCCUAUGAGAACGAAGGUCAGCUACACGACGAUGAGUCUGACUUCAUCCUUAAUGAUGCCAACGUGAGCUCGAUGUACGCUGAUGUCACUGUUAGCACAGACACCUCUGGAUCAUGCACCAACAACCACAAACGCUCCUCCAUCGCCAGCACCGGAGGAGGCGUGUCCUGUGAAGGACUGGAUCAGGAGCUGGAAGUGACCAUCCGUGGCACGCGCCUGGUCCUGCCUGUGGACGACCCGGUGGAGCCUUUGACGACGGUUACCCUGCCCCCUCCGCCCUCUCCGCCACACUCAGACCCUCGCAGGCACAGACUGUAGAAAGGUAUUCACUGUUAGGAUCCAGUUUGUUUUAAAGUUCAAGAACCUUCAAACUCAAUUUCACAGGAAAAUCAGGUUUUUGAGCUCAAUAACAAGCUGCUGCUUCAGUGAAAUGUAAAAAAAACAAAAAAAAACAAAACCCCAAACCUAUGUUGACUGCACCACAUGCCUCUGUAGUGGUUUAAAAUGGUUUUACCUGUGAUGAACUCGAGGCUUACUUAAUCUAAAUGAGUCACUGUAAUGUACAAUGUGAAUGCACUAAUGUAAUUCGAGUUCUCGUGACACUUAUAUGUUACUUGGGUUUUUUAUUUAUUUAUUUAUUUGCAAUGCGAGUUUAGUCACUUGUACAGCCCCUUUCACAUUAGCGUAUUCGUAAAGCUGCGGGUUGUGGCGUUGUUUCAUUUAAAUACGCCUGAAAUGCGUGUGUACUCAGCCUUUUUCCGUAUUCGUUUCAUACUUGCAGCUACGUGUAUUUGCUGUUUUAAUGUGUGCGCACAGUCGUGUGUACCUUGCUGCUAUUUAAACCCAGUUCACUCCUGCCAGCUGGGCAGAACGCAUCACUGCACUUAGAAAACAGUGGACUGUAUCAUGAGGUUUUUACAGUUGCAUUACUGCCACAAUCAGGACGUUUGAUGACAUGCAGCGAGUGCGCUUUUAUUUUAAAGUCACAGGUUCGAUCAGAGCGUUUGAGCUCACCGACAUGCAGCGGGUGUGCUUUUAUUUUAAAGUCACACGUUCGAGCAGGGUGUUUGAUGAGCGCACCGACAUGCAGCGAGUUUUUGGUUGUGUACAGAAGCGCAGUCUUGCACAGACUUACAUGCAGUAACGCUGUGCUGCGCAGACCUGCUUAAAACUGCAUUCAGCGCUCUAUGUCGAAGAAAAUUAAACAUGUUUAAUUUCGUCCGUCCUACGCGUGUAGCCCUCAACAUACUGCUGCGCAGAGAGAAAAACUUGAUGUAGAGCUAAAAGUGGGUGUAGAACUGCUCAACUCAGCGUAGACGAUACGCCACAAUGAGCAGCUCUACGAAUACGCCAAUGUGAAAGGGGCUUAAGCAGGCUCAAGUUUUCUAAGCCCAUUACAAUUUGUUGAAAGUGACAUUAUGACUGACAGUGUUCUGCGUUUGUGCGGCCUUGUUUUUGUCAGAUUAAUCUUCACCCUGAAGUCUGCAACAUACGGUACUUUUAAAGAGCACAUUUCCUUGGCUAUACUCUGUAGUGUACCACUCUGGGGUUUUUUUUUCUUUCCCUGUAUAUCGUUUUUAUGUUUAAUGGUGG